UGUGUUAAACCUGUAUAAUUUUGUGAAAUACAGUGAUCUAAUUUUUGGGUCACUGCCCAGCACUAGUUACUGGUAUGAUCUGUCAUCUUAGUUCAGCUGUAUCUCCUUAUUAACUUUAUUUGUACCACUACUUAAGUUUCUUUGGAACUUAUCCAAUCUCACAGCAACAGUCAAUAAUCUACAGUCAGACAUGUUUUCAGCAUGACUUAUACCAAAGUAUCACAUCACUUCUCUACUUAAAUUAACAUAUAAUGAAAAUAAACUUUUUCACUCAGAAUCACAACUUAACCCAAAAUGUAUCCACAGCAACUGUUUUUGAUUCUACCUAAAGGCAAACCCCGGACCAUGAUGAAACCUCUGCUUGUUCCUUUGCUUUUACAAGGUGUCCUGCUAUAUUAUACUUUAGCAUGGCAAGUGAAAAUGCCAAAAGAAAUCCGUGGCCUCCAAGGUUCCUGUCUGGUUAUACCAUGUCAUUUCUCUUACACAUGGUAUCCACCCACAGACCCACAUAGAAUUGUGUGGUAUCAGUGGGUCUCUAAAGGUUAUCCUUUAGUUUAUGAUCCACGGUAUCCAUAUGAUGUCAUUGAAAAAUUUAGAGGAAAAACUGAUUUAUAUGGAACAAGGGAUUGGGAUUGCAGUCUGCUGAUCAAAAACCUGAAACAUUCCCACCAUGGAGAAAAAAUAUAUGCAUGGAUUGACCCUGAAAAUGUUGGAUGGCGCACCUACCCAUUUUAUGAUGUCACUUCUACAAUUCUUGUUGAGGCAAGUCCACAGCCGCCGAGCAUCAGUAUUUAUGGAGGUGAAAGGAUGGGUGACGCCAUCACAGUAGCAUGUUCAACUUUCCACACGUGUCCAUACAGCAAACCAGACAUCAUUCUGAUUGCUAUAGAAGGAACUGCAACAAUAAACCUUGCCUUGCCAAAAAUAAACGACGAGUAUAUUGAAGACGGCCUGUGGAAAAUCACUCUGACCCGCGAAGGCAUCAUAAAAGCAGAAGGCUUGACUAUCGGGUGUUCUGUAAGGUAUUAUGGUGGCAAAACAGUGACUGCUUCAAGAAACAAAAGUGCCAAAUGUGUUGCUGAUAAAAUAACGAUUGAGCCUGGACUGGCUGAUGUUACAGAGGGCGUCGCAAAAAACUUCAUUUGUUCGGUCUAUCACUCCUGCAAGAGAGAGACUACAACCAUCACAUGGAACUAUAAAAACAUGCAGAUCUCAACGCAGAGCAAAACACUCUCUGGUUCAAAUCGGGUCACCUAUUCCAACAUAACCUUUCUGGGUUCAAAAGAUGAACAUGGGAAGAAACUGACAUGCACUGCCAAAUUUUCUGGAGGAGUCACUGCAGAAACCUCUGUUGUUUUACGUGUACAGCGUGUUAUGCAGUAUAAAGAAUUUGGAUGGGAAGUGAAUAUGCCGAAAGACAUUCACGGCCUCCAGGGUUCCUGUCUGGUUAUACCAUGUUCUUUCUCUUACACAUCAAACCCACCCAAAGACCCACGUAGAGUUGUGUGGUAUCAGUGGGUCUCUAAAGGUUAUCCUUUAGUUUAUGAUUCUCUGCAUGAAGAUGAUGUUAUUGAGAAGUUUAGAGGAAAAACUGAUUUAUAUGGAAGCACAAGUGGGGAUUGCAGUCUGCUGAUCAAAAAACUGGAACCAUCCCAUCAUGGAGAGAUACUAUACACAAGGAUUGACCCUAAAAAUGUAGCAUGGGACACCUAUAAAUUUUACGAUGUCACCUCCACAAUUCUUGUUGAUGCAAAUCCGCAACAGCCAAGCAUCAGUAUUCACGGAGGUGACAAGACAGGUGAAGGCAUCACUAUAGUAUGUUCGACUUUCCACACAUGUCCAUUCAGAAAACCAGACAUCAUUCUGACUGGUACUGAAGGAACGAACCAAAUAAAUGACGAGCAUAUUAAAGACGGCCUGUGGAAAAUCACUCUGACACGCAUAGGCUUCGUAAAAUCAGAAAGCUUGACUAUUAAGUGUUCUGUAACAUAUUAUGAUGGCAAAACAGUGACAGCUACAGAGGUCAAAAGUGCACAAUGUGUUCCUGAUAAAAUGACAAUUGAGCCUGAACUGGCUGAGGUCACAGAGGGCGUUGCAAAGAACUUCACUUGUUCGGUCUAUCACUCCUGCCAGAGAGAGACUCCAACCAUCACAUGGAACUAUGAGAACAUGCAGAUCUCAAUGUGGAGCAAAACACUCUCUGGUUUAGAUCGGGUCACCAAUUCCAACAUAACCUUUCUGGGUGCAAAAGAAGAACAUGGGAAGAAACUGAUUUGCACAGCAACAUUUUCUGGAGAAAACACUGAAACCUCUGUUGUUUUACAUGUACAACAGUAUCAGAAACCAGUGGAUCCAAUCCUGAAAGAAACUCAUUUCCAAUAUGAGGCUGAUGUGAUACCCAAGAUCACUGCGUUGCCUCGUUCCUGUGUGGUAAUACCCUGCAGUUUCAAGAUGGAAGAAGAAUAUGCCACUCGACUUCGCGUUCUUUGGGUCACCAAAAAAGGGGGCUAUAUGUUCCACACUGACUCACAUGAGGUCUUAGACAACUUCAAAGGCCGCACAAGGCUCCUGGGAAACCCGGAUGAGCAGAACUGCACUGUGGAGAUGGAUAAAGUGCAAACUCACGACAACGGCCCAUUCUGCUUCAGAGCAGAAAAAGAAAACGAGAAAUACGGUUUCAACAACAGUUGUGUGUUCAUUAUAAUGCGGGCUUCUCCUGACAAACCUGUGAUGUCAUCCCUCCCUGAAGACAUCGAUCCCGGGACACGCGUCACCGUCAGUUGCUCAGUCAACCACACGUGCUCCUCUCACCCUCCCAAAAUCAGCUGGAGCGUCCCAACAGCCCGAGAAACUAUCAGCCACAAUCCCAUGGGCGGAGGCGUCUGGGAAACCGUGUCCACUGUGACCUUCAUUCCAACUGGAUAUGAAGAGAGAGAUGAAAUUGUCUGCAGUGCCAACUUUUGGGGUGGUAAAACACAGAACAAAACUUCCAUCCUGAGUGUUAAGAAAAUUGAAGUUAAAGAGAAUCAACUGGAGACUUUCGGGUUUUAUGCCAUUGCUCCAUCACUUGUGUUCAUCCUCAUUUGUGUACUUGCUGGAGUCUGCAUUUACAAAAGACGGCACAGACAACCGUGUCAAGAUAUUCAAGGGUCACAAACACGAUCUGAACAUAGGAGAUCAGUUUGGAACAGAUUCUCAAGUCAUUUUAAUAUGCCUGAUGGUAGAGCAGCUUGGACUAACAGGGGAAACAGGGGUGAUAUCAGGUACAAUGGAAAUACUCCUGAAAGACCACCGAAGCCUGAACAAAGGUACACUGGAAAUGCUCCUGAAAGGCCACCGAAGCCUGAACAAAGACGAUCAAUCUGGAGCCGACUUUCUAGACACCAAUCACCCAGAAACAAUGCAAAUCUGAGAGCAGAAUACAAGGCAAACAACACAUAUACAGAGUCAGGAAACAAGCCUUUCUCCAAACCUCAUAUUCCAUCACCUAAGAGUGGGCCAAAAUCCUACAGUGGUCAUGAUUAUAACGCUGCUUGCACCAACCUAUAUGGAAAUGUCUGAUGAAAAUGAAACAUUAUCAGGGCUGUUUGGAGUUUGAGCUGUUCAAUUUCUAUGUCCUGUCCUUCUGCUCAACAUUGUUUUAUAAACGACAACGUGAAAUGGAUAUGGAAUAUAUAUAUAUAUAUAUAUAUAUAUAUAUAUCACAAUUUUUUUUUUUUUUGCGUGAAUGUUACAGUAUGCUUAUAUUACCUGUCUUUAAAAUAAAUAAAAAUGAGUUUGGC